AGUAGCACCGCGGCACAUUUCAAAGCAUUUUCUCGGCGAUAUUUGAAAAACGGAGUCGUGCGGUGAACUCCUGCGUGUCCCUUUUAAAACAAACCCUGCGCCUGUCAAUCACCGCACAUUCCAACCAAUCCCAAAGCUCCCUUUUUAAAAGCAGGUUUGCCUGCUGUGCUUUUAUAUUGCACCAUGGCCUGUUUCGAAGCAUUUUUUUACUACCACGGUUAUUGCCACAAAUCAAGAGGGCAAAGUGAACCGGCAUGGGACUCACACCAACUCUAACGAAACUGAGUCUGGUUGCAGCUUCCGCGAUGUUCACGGCCAAGAAUUUCACAUGCAGAUGAUAUACAGCAAGGGGAGAGAAAAAAAAAAAACCAGCAACAUGGGAGCAGAGUUUCUAGGUGCAUCCUGACUGCUUGCACUGGUUGAUUUCUGCAAACUCACAGGCAAACUCACAACAAAACAUGACAAGCCUUUCGAGGUUUAGUGGCUGCCCUCUCUCUUGCGUCAACCCCGGGGAGAGCAAUACUGAACCCAGCGUGGUGCUGCCACCUUUGGCAGGGGAGCACAUGGGACACCCCACUGGCAGUUCCUUAAAACUCUGCCCCUCGCACAAUUUGCGAGACUACCCCGAGACGAGGUCCAGUGCAUAUGUUGACCACUCGGUUCCCAGUUUUUCAGACUCUGGAUAUCCCAGUCACCGGUUAGAGCACAGCCCUAGGGGCAUUAUCAUUGGAGCAAAUCUCUCUGGAGCCGGCAUGCCACCCGUCACUGAUCAACUGGCACCAAGACCCAACCAACAUGGCGGGAUGGGACGGUACCGGGACUUUGCUGGCUGCAGGGACAACAGGAGUCACGCUUUUUUUGCCAGCUACCAGGAGCAGGCCCACGCCUCCACGGACGCGUCCCGCGACCUCGGCGGUCAGAUGAUGCUGGGUCUGCCUGGCGACCUCCUCACCCGGACUCACUCCUACGGCCAGACCAUCAGCCCCAAGGGAAACAGCCAGCAGAUUGUCACCCAGUUCCUGGGUCUCUACAAGCCCCUGAACAUGGCGAUCCAGCGUGGGGGACCCGACGCCUUCCUCAGGUGCUCCAAGCAGACGGUCAAGCAUGAACUGGUGUGCAAGUGGAGUGACGGCAAAGAGGCAGGAACGGGGAAGCUGCCCUGCUCCAGAGCCUUCGGGACCAUGUAUGAACUUGUCACCCAUGUGACAGUGGAGCACGUCGGAGGACCCGAGCACUCUGAAUACAUUUGUCACUGGGAGAACUGUGCGAGGGACAGGAAGCCUUUCAAAGCCAAAUACAAGCUGGUGAAUCACGUCAGGGUCCACACUGGGGAGAAGCCCUUUCCCUGUCCAUUUCACGGCUGUGAGAAAGUUUUUGCUAGAUCAGAGAAUCUAAAGAUCCACAAGAGGACUCACACAGGUGAAAAACCGUUUAAAUGCGAGUUUGAGGGCUGCAACCGGAGAUUCGCGAACAGCAGCGACAGAAAGAAGCACUCCCACGUCCACUCCAGUGAUAAACCCUACAUGUGCAAGGUCAGGGGCUGUGACAAGUGCUACACCCACCCGAGCUCUCUGCGGAAGCACAUGAAGCUCCACUGCACCAAGGAGCACGUCGCCAAAGGCGGCGACGCGCCUCCCGGUGACGCGGGUCAUGCUGCGGAGGGCAGGCCGGCCCGAGCGUCGGACCUUGGCCAGAUCAGCCCCCCUCAAGCCCCCACCUCCACUCAGGAUGUCCCCCUGUCCCCCGAGAGCCGGGACGAGUCGACCCCGAGGUCACGCUUCCAUCACGCGUUUGACAGCAGUUUGGACUACUGCGCGCACAGGUCGCAGCCCCUCUUGGACCCUUUGUUGCUGCAGAGGGGCAGCUACAGGUCCCAGUCUUCCCAGUACCCCUGCGGCCAGACUGGUCACGCUUUUGCCCAGACCUCGCGGACUUUCUCCUCGGCUUCUCCCUUUCAGAAGAGCAUCGUGAACGGAUGGUACACAUGCCACAGUGGCGUGGACACGUUCCCACCAAAGCAGUGCAGCAACAUCCCCUCCCUCUGAGGACCUGAACGCAAACUGUGUUUUCUUGUUGUAGCCUAAAACCCAACAGCUGUUUCUCUUUUACUCUGUGUACUUUUGUGAAUGCUGUAUGAAAUAGUUUCUGAAAAGUCCUUUUGAAUUUUGCAUUGCGAAAUAUGGCCAAGUUUUUUUGUCGUUCUUAUUGUCCUCCGCUCGCCCUUACAUCUCCACAGUGUGCUUUAGGAGCGCAUACGCGUUGCAUAACUUAAAAAAAAAAUGUCGGUCUGUCUUAAAAGUGAGAAGAAAAUGAUUGUUUUUUUUAAUGUAAGUUUUUUUUAUAUAUAUAUAUAAUUAUCAGCGCAUUACGCAUUAUGAACCUAAAAUCUCUUACAGGAAAGUUACAAAAUAAAUCUGAAUGUAGCCCUCACAGUAGGGGUCUUUGUUGAAUGUAAACUAGGUUUAAUGUAUGUCGGGAUGAAUAGAAAUAUUAUUCAUGACUUCAUGUAUAUCGCAGGUUGAAUCAUUAUCUGGAUGAUCUUUACUUAGGUUAAAUUUUGAGAUCUAACAGGCCUGCUUGGUGGGCCUGCAGCAUGAUUUGACUUUAAUUAAUAUACCGGCAGGCUCAUUAUUUUUUUUUCUUUCCCUUAGCCUUGAUUAUGUUCAACAUCCUCGCUCCUUUUUUCCCAUGAAACAUUCGUGCUCUAUAAUAUGUGUUUAUUUCACAUUUCUGUGCAAAGUGAGUAAAACCACAGUGUUCGUGUUAAUGGGGAAAAAAAAACAAAAAAACGUUUAAUUAGAAUACAUUCCUGCUGUACAUAAGCAUACUGUAUAAUUAAUUAUGUAUCUUAUAUUUUAUUAAAGUGUCUAUAUUCUCUUUGAUCA